AUGUCUGCCCACGCACCACCAAAGAAGCUUCACGUCGCCAUCCUAGGCUGCGGCUUCAUGGGAUCGGCAUUGUUGUCAGGUGUCCUUCAAAGCCUGAAGGGUAAAGAGCAACCUGAAUUCACGUUCACCAUCAGCGCUCCCUCGAGUUCAUCGUUAGAGCGGCUGCGCCAGCAAUUUGGCGCUGGACACGGUGGCGUGGAUAUUAUCAUCACCGCAGAUAACGUGGCCGCUGCCCGUGAAGCACGGGUCGUCAUUCUCGGUUUCCAGCCACAGCAACUCGCACAGGUCUUCGAAGAUGCCAAUCUGGUAGCAGAGAUGCACGGGAAACUGAUCGUCUCCCUUCUCGCGGGAGUGUCGCUGCUCAAACUGGCCGAUAAGAUCUCUCCGCAACAACGAAUCACUCGGGUGAUUCCCAGCAUAGGGGCUCAGGUCGGAGAGUCAGCGACGCUGGUUGCAUCUGAUACAAGCCUCACAAGUGACGAACAGGAACUGGUCUUUUCACUAUUCAAACUGAUAGGAUCGGUACAACUUGUGCCAGAGAGCCUUUUGGACACCGUCACCGCCAUCAGCGCAGCGACUCAUGCUUUGUCUAUCGUAGCUGUCGACUCGAUCGUGGACGCCAGUGUUGCUGAGGGCGUCACACGGACAACAGCACAAGCAGUGGCAACACAGUGUCUCCGCAGCGCAUCUACGUUGCUACAAGGCAGCAUGACGAUAGAGUCGUUCAAGGAGUCAAUGUCAGUGCCACGAGGAAUCACGAUCAACGCUCUCUUAAAUUUGGAAAAGGGUCAGGUUAGGGCGGGGAUAUCUGAUGCUGUUCAGUACGCGGUGAAUUAUGCCAAGAACAUGUAA